UAUAGAACUCAUUUACAGGUAAAGCUAAGACAGAAGUGUUCGGGGUGCAGUCGCUGCCAGACGAGUUAUAGGAACGAAUUUGAAAUUCUGGAGCAGACAUUUUGAAGGGUCAACAGUGUACACAGUGAUUGGGAUUGGAAAAAGAUUUUUCCUCUGGAACCAGACAUAACAAUGGAAAUGGUGCAAAUGAAACUACAUCAGAAGAAAAGGCAAGUGAUGAUCUUCAUUACAUUAAUUCUUUCGUGGGAGGCAGGUUCAGAAUCGAUUCGGUAUUCUGUACUGGAAGAGACAGAAAGUGGCACGUUUGUGGCCAACCUGACAAAAGACCUGGGACUCAGGAUGGGAGAGCUGGCUGCCCGGGGCGCCCGAGUUGUUUUUAAGGGGAAUAGACAGCAUUUGCGGCUUGAUCCAGACACCGGUGAUUUGCUGCUGAAUGAUAAACUGGACCGGGAGGAGCUGUGCGGCUCCACUGAGCCCUGCGUGCUACCCUUCCAAGUGUUACUGGAAAAUCCCUUUCGGUUAUUUCAGGCUGCCUUGGUAAUUACUGAUAUAAAUGACCACGCCCCGGAGUUCCCUGCUAGAGAAAUGCAACUAAAAAUAUCAGAAAUUACUAUACCAGGUAAAGUAUUUCCUUUGAAAAUGGCACAAGAUUUAGACGCUGGUAGCAACAGCCUUCAGAGCUACAUAAUCAGCUCCAACCCUCACUUCCACAUUCUCACUAGAAACCGCAAGGACGGGAGGAAGUCCCCGGAGCUGGUACUGGACAAAGCGUUGGAUCGUGAGGAGCAGUCCGAGCUCAGGCUAACUCUCACAGCGCUGGAUGGCGGGUCUCCGCCUCGGUCUGGGACCACCGAGAUUCAGAUCCUGGUCUUGGAUAGCAAUGACAACGCCCCCGAGUUUGCUCAGGAGUUCUAUGAGGCUCAAGUCCCUGAAAAUAGCUCCCUGGGCUCUCUGGUUAUCACUGUCUCAGCGAGAGAUUUAGACGCAGGAUCAUUUGGAGAGGUGUCUUAUGCCCUAUUUCAGGUCGAUGACGUUAACGAACCGUUCGAAAUUAACGCAAAUACAGGAGAAAUUCGACUAAAAAAGAAAUUGGAUUUUGAAGAAUUUCAAUCAUAUCAGGUGGAUAUCGAGGCUACAGACGGUGGGGGACUAUCAGGAAAAUGCUCUGUAGUCAUCAAGGUCCUGGAUGUGAAUGACAAUGCUCCCCAAUUGACUAUGUCCUCACUGACUAGCCCCGUCCCUGAAAACCUGCCAGAGAUCCUAGUGGCAGUUUUCAGUGUAUCAGAUGCUGAUUCUGGACAUAACCAACAGGUUAUCUGUUCUAUAGACGACAAUCUCCCCUUUGUUUUAAGACCAUCAGUUGAGAAUUUCUACACGUUGGUAACAGAAGGCGCACUGGACAGAGAGGAAAGAGCCGAGUACAACAUCACCAUCACCGUCACUGACAUGGGAACCCCCAGACUGAAAACCCAGCACAACAUAACCGUGCUGGUGGCCGACGUCAACGACAACGCCCCCGCCUUCACCCAGACCUCCUACACCCUGUGGGUCCGCGAGAACAACAGCCCCGCCCUGCACAUCGGCAGCGUCAGCGCCACAGACACAGACGCGGGCGCCAACGCCCAGGUCACCUACUCGCUGCUGCCGCCGCCCGACCCGCACCUGCCCCUCGCCUCCCUCGUGUCCAUCAACCCCGACAACGGCCACCUCUUCGCCCUCACGUCCCUGGACUACGAGGCCCUGCGGGCCUUCGAGUUCCGCGUGGGCGCCGCCGACCGCGGCUCGCCCGCGCUCAGCAGCCAGGCGCUGGUGCGCGUGCUCGUGGCGGACGCCAACGACAACGCGCCCUUCGUGCUCUACCCGCUGCAGAACGCCUCGGCGCCCUGCACCGAGCUGGUGCCCAGGGCGGCCGAGCCCGGCUACCUGGUGACCAAGGUGGUGGCGGUGGACGGCGACGCGGGCCAGAACGCCUGGCUGUCGUACCAGCUGCUCAAGGCCACGGAGCCCGGGCUGUUCGGCGUGUGGGCGCACAACGGCGAGGUGCGCACGGCGCGGCUGCUGAGCGAGCGCGACGCGCCCAAGCAGCGGCUGGUGGUGCUGGUCAAGGACAACGGCGAGCCGCCGCUGUCGGCCAGCGUCACGCUGCACGUGCUGCUGGUGGACGGCUUCUCGCAGCCCUACCUGCCGCCCCCGGAAGCGGAAGCGGCGGCCGCGGCGCCGGCCGACCCGCUCACCGUCUACCUGGUGGUGGCCUUGGCGUCGGUGUCGUCGCUCUUCCUCUUCUCGGUGCUGGUGUUCGUGGCGGUGCGGCUGUGCAGGAGGGGCGGGGCGGGCUCGGCGGGUGGCUGCCCGGUGCCCGAGGGCCACUUCCCGGGCCACCUGGUGGACGUCAGCGGCACGGGGACCCUGUCCCAGAGCUACCAGUACGAGGUGUGUCUGACGGGAGAUCAUAGAACUGAACUGUUCCUGGAAGCUUCCCUCUCUUCUUGAAGGAAAACUCCCCAUGCUGCCUACCAAGCUGCUCUGAACAUAUAUAAUUCAGCCGGACUGCUGAACCCUUAAUCAUACCUGACAGUGCUGACUAUGAAGCAGCAGAGAAUGGCUCCAGCUCCUGCACUUUCAAUGCAGAACACUUCCAGAUGCUGUCUACACACAUGAGGUGGAUAAACUGAUAUAGUGCACAAGCAAAUCUGUUUGGAAAUGACUGCCUUGAGAAGCCCCUUUGAAACCAAAAACUGAACUGAAUUAUUUGGACUGAACUGAGAUCCCAGAGCAAGAGGUACCAUGGUUGGAGGCCAUCUUGGAGGCUGGUAACCGGUACUGCCUAGCUGAUAUAUGUUCUGCUUGGGGUGCCCUAACGAUGUAAACUCUGUCUCCAGAGGUAAUACAUGUACCCUCUGGAAUUGUAAUUUUGACCUGUGUACCUUGACACUGCCUCAGCCCUAAAAGGCAUUGGGUCAGCUUCAACUUACUAGCCAUAGUUGUGCUGUGCCUGACUUGAAGCCUUGGGCUAGGUAAAAAGAUCAUAACAAAAACUUAAGCAGGAAGAUUCCUGGCUUUCUUAGGAAGGCCUUUAUGGUUAGUGGGAUUUCUUUAACUGGCCAAAGCUAGGACUCACAAAGGGCAUGUGUAUGUGUGUUAGUUGCUCAGUUGUGUCUGACUCUUUGGGACCCCAUGGACUGUAAUCCAUCAGGCUCCUUUGUUCAUGAAAUUCUCCAGGAAAGAAUACUAGAGUGGGUUGCCAUUCCCUUCUCCAACGGAUCUUCCCGAUCCAGGGGUCAAAUCCAGGUAUCCUGCAUUGCAGGCAGAUUCUUUACCAACUGAGCCACCAGGGAAGCCCAUGAAGGGCAUAACUGAGGCCAAUAUUGCAUGUGGUGAGAGAGUAAAUUCCUAGGCAGGUUGAUUUAAAAAAAAGUCCAGGGUCCCUGAGGAGAAGAAAAAGGGUCUGGGGCUCUUGAGAAGGAGAAAGGGGUCCAAGGCUCUCAAGGAGGAGAAAAGGACGAGGCAAAAAGGACAAACUUUGUCUACAUUGCUUUGUCUUAGUCAAUAUAACAAUGCUCAAUAUAACAUGCUCAAGGACAUGUUUCUCCUUAACAAGAAGUGAAGUGAAGUGAAAGUCACUCAGUCAUGUCUGACUCUGCAACCACGUUGACUAUACAGUCCACAGAAUUCUCUAGGCCAGAAUACUGGAGUGGGUAGCCAUUCCCUUCUCUAGGGGAUCUUCCCAACCCAGGGAUCGAACCCAGGUCUCCCACAUUGCAGGCAGAUUCUUUACCAACUGAGCUAUCAGGGAAGCCCCCCUUAACAAAAAACUUCUGACUAAUCUUUUAUCUAAAGAUGUAUGUUGUAGGAGUGGGUCUGGUGAGAUCUUUCUAUUGUUAAUUCUAAUCCUGUUAAUCGUAUAUUGUGGGAGUGGGUCUGGUAAGACCCUUUAUUGUAAUAAGGUAUAUAACUCCCUUGCUAAAACUAACGAGGGGGGCACUCUCUGCCCCCCUUCUGAUGUCUAUGUCAGAAGCUUUCUC